GAUCCGUCUCUCUCUUUUCCACGACCCAGUCCACCAGCGAUCCCCCAUCUCGCCGCCAACAACCCGCCGCCGGCGGAGCUAGAGGAGGCCACCAGAAGCCAUGAAGAAGAAGUCCAAGGCGGCGGCGGGUGGGAGGCAGCCGCAACACGCGGCGCAGAACGGCCACGUCCUGCCCUCCAAGCUCGCCAGGUACCUCGACCCCGACGCAUCCUGGGACAAGGAUCAGCUGCUGGACGCCGUGCACUGGAUCCGGCAGGCGGUGGGGCUCGCCUGCGGCCUGCUCUGGGGCGCCGUCCCCCUCGUCGGCGCCUUCUGGAUCGCCCUGUUUUUUACUAUCUCCACCGUUAUAGUUCACUUGUACUAUGCAUAUUUGCUGAAGAUCGAUGAGGAGGAUUUUGGAGGCCAUGCCGCCCUACUUCAGGAGGGGCUCUUUGCCUCAUUCACCCUUUUCCUGCUUUCAUGGAUUCUAGUAUACAGUUUGGCUCACUUCUGAGAAGCCCGUCUGCGGAAAAUGCGCCAUGAGAUCUCCUUUGUUCAUGCCAUAGUGUCAUUCACCCUUUUGUAGAAUUGGUUACUUAUGGAUGUACCAGAUGUUGUAGGUUACAUAGAACAGCACUGCAUCGAGCUAGCUAUUCCUGUGCCCCGUAUAAAUUGCUCGCACCCAAUGUAAUUCUGAUAGCUUUCUUGACUCGAUCCAGUAUGGUCUAGAGCUUUACAUGUGGAAUCCUCACCAUUGCUCGUCUGAAAUCCUGAGUAAACCUGCCUCUGCAGUGCAACCGAUGUAUUUUAUAUAAUUUUUCCUGAGUAAACUUGUCUGUGGAGUGCAGCAAAUGAUGCGAAA